AUGUGGAAAGGCUUGCUAUUAUGUGCAUUAUUGGUUGCCUUGGCCGAGAGCAAAUCGGCCGGCAGUCGGCACGAGCUACGCAAGUUUCCCGACGGGUUCCUCUUCGGAACAGCCACUGCUUCUUACCAAAUAGAGGGCGCUUGGGAUGAAGAUGGGAAAUCCGAAAACAUUUGGGACCAUUUGACUCAUACUGAUCCUUGCGCUACCAAAGAUUGCUCCAGUGGAGACAUCGCAGACGACUCCUAUCAUUUAUAUAAAAGAGACGUCGAGAUGAUGAGAGAACUAAACUAA